ACUGCAUAUUACACAAGGCAGCAGUGCAACAGACUUGAUUCAGGACGAUGGAUAUUGACGCUGUGAUUAGUUUACUCACUGUAAAGACUUUUGUGGUCGGAUUCACCACAUUUCUGUUGGUGAUGUCAUAUCUACAGAGGAAGAAGUACAAACUGCCGCCAGGACCUCCACAGCUUCCGAUACUGGGGAGUUACUUUGCAUUCAGAAAUGAUGGUAGACUGUACUCUGUGUUUACAAAACUCGGAAAAUCAUUUGGUGACAUUUUCAGUGUUGAUUUAGGUUUUGGGCACACGGUCGUGGUUCUAAAAUCUGCAGAUAUUGUGCACGAGGCUUUAGUUGAGAAGAAAGAAACACUUGCAGGAAGAGGCGUUCGGACUUGGAAGUAUGAGCUAUUCAGCGGAGGAAACAGAGAUAUAAUUUUCAGUGACUACGGUCCAGUGUGGAGACUACAAAAGCGGAUGGCGUUGAAGGCAUUCAGGACCUACGUAGCUAGUAAUAAAUUAGAAACGUUCACGAGGUCUGCUUUUGAUGAAAUCGCUGCCUUGAUUGAGAAGGAGACCGAGCCUUUUGACAUGCAUGUCUACAUGCGGUUACUUAUUUUCAAUAUCGUCUGCAGAAUGGCUUAUGGGAAAAUCUACAAAAUAAACGAACCGGAGUUCGUUUGGCUGAAUGGCGUAAUGGACGAAAGCUUGGGCAAGGUAUUUGGAAGUAUUAUUCCUUCUGACGUCAUCCCCGUUUUGAAGCAUGUCCCUAUCCCAUCAUCCCUAUCGGCGAAACGUCUUUUGCAGGGACUAAUUGAUUUUCAGAAAGUCCAAUUGGAAGGCCACAAAAGAACGUUAAAUUUGGGUGAGGCCAGAGACAUCAUGGAGCAGAUGUUGCUACUGAAAGAGGAGCUGACAGCCGAAAGUGAUGAUGACGUCAAGGAGUCGCUUUCUGACCUCCGCAUCAUUCACACCAUAAUGGAUAUUUUCUUUGCUGGAAUCCAGACUACAUCUGACACGUUGGUGUGGAUGAUUUUGUAUGCAGCAGAUAAUCCAAAGGUUCAGUCAAAGAUACAUGAGGAAUUAGACAGCUUAGGGGACGAUUUCUGCGAUCUUCGGCAAUGCAAAACAAAGUUGCCUUACUGCGAGGCAGUUCAGAGAGAGGUUAUGCGCAUGCGUCCUGCUGGUCCAGUAGCCAUACCUCAUAGAGCAGUUUGUGACACGAAACUAGGUGGCUACGAUAUCCCGAAAAAUACUCUUAUCUUUGCAAACAUAUGGGCAAUCCACCAUGACCCGAAAAACUGGGAAUCGCCGGAUGUUUUCAAGCCAGAAAGGUUUUUAAACAAAGAUGGCAGCUUAAAAGAGUUGGACAAAAAGACAUGGCUGCCGUUCGGCAGUGGCAAUAGGAAAUGUGUGGGAGAAGCACUCGCCAGGACGAAUAUUAUGACAUUUUUGAUACUGUUCUUUCAACAGUUUGAAGUGAGCUUUCCGCCGGGACAAAAACCCGACUUCGAGCCUGCAAUGUUAGAAUUGGCAUGCGCGCCUAAGCCUCAGAAGAUAAUCGUGAAGAAAAGACAGUAAUAUUUGAGCCAGAACGGGUUCUACACGUUCCUAAGUACAUUUAUUUGAAGCUACUCAUUGUAAUUUGGAAGCGUUUUUCUACUCAUUAAGGUUUUACCUUGUUACGUAACAGCCAAAGAUAUAGCGAUGUUUGCUUGUCACAGUGGCUACAAAAGCUUAUUUUGGCAAGGCACGAUCUACAUGCUGGCUUGAGAAAAGCAUCGUUUCACCUUGGUAACGAGUUACUUUGUUAUUGGUGCAUCGUCUUCUUCCCUAGUAUAGGCGACCAUCCAUAAAUGGGGGGGGGGGGGGGU